AUGGGAGACGCCGAUCGCCAGUGGCCGAACACAAAACAGGAACCGGUCAGUAAGCAGUUUCAGCCAAAAAAGUACAAAGACAGUGGUCAAGAAUGGCGCAAAGAAAGAAAGGACACAUCGAAUCAGCCGACAUACGCCUAUACACCGUUCAAGGUGAAUUCGCUAAGCCGAGCUACUACACCACUCGCCUCAAUUUCCGAGCAACAUUCUCAAAACGGAACGCUUCGCCGCUCAAAUCAGCCGAAUCCGUUCGUCUAUCCCAACCAGCCACCGUCACGGAAUGCUUUUCAUGAACCGCCCCAAUCUCAGUCAACACCGAAAGCAGCGCAUCACAUGCAGGUCCGACCAGAAAGUGCGGCACAGAUGACCAAGGAGCAGAAGUUGACGUGGGGUCGA